AUGGCCAGCUUCUCGCCAAACACCCUGUUCGACCCAGACGAGCGCCUCGACUGUGCACGGUAUUUCCUGGACAAGGCUGCGCAUGGUGGACAGGCAGAGUUGCAGGAGUUGGCGGCUUUCCUCCUCCUCCUGGAGGUCGUCGCCUGGCUUCAAGUGCAGACAGUGGCAGGGGGGCGACUGCUGGGCGGUGAAGGGGAGCAGGAAACGGAGAAGGAGACAGACAAACGCGCCGCGGGUGGCCUGGCCACGGGUCAGGACGUGGAGGGCGUACGAACGGCGUUAGGAGGCACGAACGAGGGAGGCGUGAGCGGGUCUGCAGGAGCUGACGCAACGUCUGCUGAAUGGAAGACUCGGACAAAGUACCUGACCGCCGUUUACCUGGGCCAGCCUCAGUCCGCGGAAUCCCCUGUACUUCAGCCACCGCUAGCGCCACCGUCGAACUCUGGAGCACUCCUGCACGACGUCUGCUCCUGCGCACGGCCGGCGCGGGAGUCGCUCCUCUCGCUCGUUGACGUCGGCCUCGAUUCCCUCAACACGUCCACUCUCCCACAACCGUCUGCCUCGCCCCCCUCCUCUCAGCUAGCGGCCAACGUGCUUGUGAACCGGCUCCCCUCUUCGACUCUUCCUCCGCCCCUCCCCUCGUCGACCAUGUCCAGCCUCACCGGCUCCCUCACCUCGCCCGCUAUUAAACGUUCCGACGCGUCACGUCGUACGCUCUCGACCAUCCUCGGCCACUACGUCUCUUCCAAGUCCUUCGGGGUGCACGACGUAGUCGAGGAAGGGAAAGUCUGGUACGCGCAAGACUCGCAGGACGACGAGCGCAUCAAGCGGAUCUACCCUUCCUCCGGCGCAGCUACAUCGUCCGUCAGUGCCGUCGCUUCAGACGCGUCAGAGGACGAAGACGCCGAUACUCGCAGCAUCGCAACCGGCAUUCGCGAGGCGCAAGAGUCGAUCGCGAGGAAGGACAAGAAGCUCGAGUGGCUGUUGGGCAACAACUUUCAGAAGGGCUGCAACCGGUCCGACCCGCCGGCGUCGACGUCCACUCCGAAACGCUGGAGGAGCACCACGACACCGACCUCGUCGUUCGGAUUGUCCAGCUCGUCGACCAUCCGAGGCGACCCAGCCCCGAUCGCACCGCCCGUCAGCCGCACGAGGGAGACGUCGUACGAGUCGGCGGGUUCGAACGACGCGACUUCUCGUCACAGCCGGAUGGUCUCUAGGUCAUCGACUGCCCCGCUGCUCGCUCGCCGCUCGAAGGACACGCUCGAGCCCGCCCUCGAGCCGGCCAUCGAGGGCGAGCCGAUGCUCGCAGAUGCUGUCGCGGACGUCAAGAUCACCGACGACUCCGAGAAACCCUUCGCCGAUCUCGCACCUGCUCUGCCUCACUCUGCUUCGAGCAACCGGCCUCCCCUCUCGCCUCGCCGUUCUUCGCUCGACUCGUCGCUCGACCAGCACCUCGGCACGGUCCCUGAACGAUCUCGCCGCGCUGCGCCGCCUCCUCCGCUGAACAAGAACGCGUUGAGCGCCAACCAGAAGCGCGAACUCGUCAGGCGGAGCAAGAAGCUCGAGGGGUUCUUCGGCGCUAGCUUCCACGAGGAUGCGGCGAGGAAGGUGCUGGUGGAGGCACGUACGUCGACGAGCGGCCAGUCUGAGGUUAGCCCGACGACCGCGACCUUCGCACGUCAGGAGUUUGCGAACUCUGCACAAGGCGGGCGCCGGGAUUCGCUCGCUCCGCCAACUGCCGGUUGGGCUGGACCCACGCCCGGCUACUCCUUCGGCGCGUACCGCCGACCCUCGCUCCUCUCGAACUCGUCCUCGCACUCGUCGAUCCACCUCGCAGCUUCAGCACGAGGCUCGACCGGUUCGGCCUCGCCUCUCGCCUCGCCCCGCUCGCCAACCUUCCCGACCGCUCCUCGGAUGCAGCGAUCGUCCUCCUCGCCCUCUCGCCGCUCAUCCUCCUUCUCGUCAAUGACCUCGCCCGAAUACGCCUACUUCUCUGCCGAGCCUCGCAGGCCGAGCACGCUCGAGCGCGAAGAGCAGCAGCGCUUGAGGGAGGAACGCAGGAAGAAGCUGGAGAAGGUGACGCGCUUGCUGGGCGAGCGAGUACCGGCGCAGCUUGUGGUCGGCAAGCAACAGGGCGCUCUGGAGGCGUCCAAGACUGAGAUUGGAGGUGCGACGAUGACGAGGUCAAGGAGCAAAGGCGGCAUGGGAGGCAGGCUCAAGGGCAGGCUUGGCUUCGGUGGACAUCAUGGGCACGCUUCGUCCGACAAACCAGGCGAGGGCGGGAACGUUGGCUGGGACUAUGUUCAGCCGCAAUGGACGGCGCCGACGGACCAGGUCGAUGGCGGGGACACGGUUCGGACGGCAGGAUCGGCUGUCGAUGCCCUCACCAAGGCGAGGAAGCUUGAAAAUCUCUUCGGCGACCUCCCGCCGCCUUCGCUUUACCUUGCUCCUGCGCCUCCAACCUCCUCCUCGCACCCUCAUCGACCCCUUCACACCUUCCGACACCGGCGCUCAGUCUCCGACAUCACUGCUUCAUACUCGCCGUUCUCGCCCCAUGCGACCGCGGGCGGCUGGGCGCCCAAGCCUCCGCCCAAUGCUCCUCUCUCUCGUGCUCAGACCCGCAGUACAGUCAACUCGCUCCGUCAGAGCAUUGCCUCGCUAUCUUACGCCAUGGAACGCGAUCCUGCCGCCCUGGACGAGGUCGUGCGCGCCUACGCUUCUUCGUCUGAGGACGACUUGUCGACGCCCCAUGCCGCCCUGUUCGACCCUUCCCUUUCGGGGGACGAGGCCGAAUCGUUCCAUACCCAGGACGCCCCCGUCAUGACGCGAUCUGCCUCAGCACAGAGCCACCGCGCCGUUAAGCAGGCGCACAAGCUCUCACACUUUUUCGGCACGACGCGCGGCGAAGUUUGGCGGAUGUUGCUGGACGACAUCCAGGCGUCGGUUCUCGAGGACGAGACUGUCGACGAGGACGAGCGCGCCGAGCUGGUGUCUAACCUCGACCGCCUGCGCGAGAAGGUGUGA